UUAACUGCAACAACAAUGUCAUUCUCUCAUUUGACUUUUUGUAUUGCAUGUAAGUGAUCUUAGAUACCAACAGGAAUGUAAAUUCUGUGUAUAUUUUAGAAUGAACUUGUUUUGGGGUCUCAAACAGCUAGAAGAAAGAGAAACUUGUACCUGCUUUUUUCUGGUUUUCUCUAGUUAAACUUUUACCGCCCCUUGUGUUUUGAAAAUGAGUCCACUUCCAUAGCAACCUGCACUGUGUCUGUAAUUACACUGAGAGGUUUGUGGCUGGCCGAAUCUUCAAAUGUGACUGCCUCACUCGACUUUCUGGGCAGCCAGUUUGAAAAUACUGUACAGAUUUGUAUUUUUAAAGUGAACAAUGUGUGGAGCAAUUUCAACAGAGUUUUCACCUCUUACUGCUGACAAUUUCGAGAGCACUUUGGCCUCUGAUUAUGUAUUGGCUCACUACUUCAACGAUUUCUUAAGUCUUCCGUCUUUCCCAGAAUCUCUGCUGUACAACCAGGAGACUGGGCUGUUUGAGGUGGUGAGUGGGGCAGCUGAGUUUGUCUCCAGUAGAAUCAAAUCAAUCCUACGCUGCAGCAAAGCACUCCUUACUGGUGACCCCACAGCCCUUGCCAGAACCCCUCUAGUAGACAAUCGUUACCCUGUCUGUUUCCUGGACAGAGAGCAAGGAAUUCAGUGGAUCAUGAAAGAAAGAUUGCCCUUUUUCCUUCGAAGCGAUUGCUACAGUGAAUACAAACUGGCCAAGCUGUUGUUCCAGUGGGACCGAAACCUCUGUAUCCAGAGGAGGAAAGGCAGCUCAGGUCGAACCACCCUGUCAGCCCCACAACUGCGUUUUUCCUCCCAAUUUGACAAGGAACAUAACUCAUUAAAGGUCCUAACAUGCUCACAAUCUCAAAACAACAUUUCAGCAAAACAAGGGUCUGUGAAGAUACAUAAUGUUACAUGUCUACCGUUUGGCCAAAAGCAACCUAUCAACACAAAAUGCAGUGAAUCACACAGAUGUUUCUCCAGCUUGUCUGAGCAACCAUGUACCCAUUACUCUUUGUCCUCCUCAUCUUCCUUCUCUAAACUUAAAUGUGAGAAAACCCAAGAACUCCAGAGCUCACACACUCAGAUGAGCCCCUACGUCACAGCGCCAUCAGCUGGCAGCUCAGAGGAGCCACAUCUAAGAGAGUCCAGGAUCCAGAAUUAUGAGUCUUCUGAACUACAGCUGGAGUACUUGGCUGCUGAAGUGGUUGAACAGGUGCUUAACAAUGCACUGAACGUGAUGGAUAGUCAGAGCCAGGCAAACACUUCUGACUGUUUCAGCAAGCCAGGAGACCAGACAAAUUGUACUAGCACAGACAGAUUCUGUGAAUGUAGAGUCUACCAGCAUGCUGAUGGGGACAGAGAAAGAUUGGAGGGGAAGAAAGAGAAAGUUCAAGAAGGCAAGAGGGGGAGUGGAGUGGAAGAAAAGACACAAUGGUUUACGAAGAAUGGGAAGGUGGGGAGUAGGGGCACAGACCAGGAAAAUGCCCUUGAUAUUUGUUGCCAUGGUAACUGUUGCCAUGGCAACAGACUAGGCUUGGAUGGGUUCAAGGAGUUUUUGCGAGGGACGCCAGGAGAGAAACUGCUUAGUCUCUGGAUCGAUAUAGAGAGACUGAAGGCUACACAGAACAGAGAGCGCAAGAACAGGUAUUUAGUCCUAAUAAGGAGCUGGUACCUGCUGAGCAGCAGCCAGAGAAGUCUAAAUGUGGAGCUCCUCUCCAGACUGGGACUGACUACCUCCCCCUGCUGGACAGAGGAGAAACUGUGCUCAGUUCAGCCCUUCCUCACGGAGUCUCUGCUCUACUAUUGGGCUCCUCGGUUCUGGACGUCCCAGAGUGUUCAGGAAGACCGUGAUGACUCCCCUCAUCUAGGGCAGUGGACAAAGUGGUGUGAUAGCCCUCUAUCAGGCAUACAUGGCUCUAUGACCCUGCCUCCCCUCUGCCCUGACAGCUGCCUGCCUAAGACCCCCCAUACUGUGCACACACAGUUAUAUUCUAGCAAAAGUCAGAUGCUGGGCAGCAGAGGAGUGGAAAAGAUGUUUCAGGCUCUUUGUGUUGACUCAUGUGCCGGCUUAUACUUAACAAACUUCUGUGAACAAUCUGGAAACAAGCUGUGGGAGAAUGCAGUUAACUUUUGGACUGACCUGCAGCACUACCAUGAGCUGUUCUAUCAGGAUGGACUGGACCCCUAUAGAGUACAGAGAGAGGCACAGCUCCUUUACUCCACCUAUCUGUUCAGCUCUGCCAGGAGGAGCAUUGGUGUUGAUGAGGAGAUCAGAAGGGAGGUGUACGACCGAAUGAUGCCUGCUUUUGAGGAGCUGUUUGACAAGGUUGAGGAACACACACUAAAUAUCCUGCUGGAGCCGUGGACACUGCUGGUCAGCAGGGACAAAGAGUCCUUCCAGAAGGUGUGUGUGCAGGAAGAGGUGCGCUGCAUUGACAGUCAGGAGUACAGGGAACUCCAGAGUCUGUACGAAGAAUCGGAGCGCCGACUGAAACAGGUGGAGCAAUGUGGGUCCAUGCUAUUUCCCUCUCCUUUUACACUUUCUACUCCCCUCUUAAAGGGCCCCCAGACACCUGACUCUUGGUCCAGAGUGUCUCCAAAUUACAGAGGUUACCGUCUGGGUUCCUUACUUCGUCAUCGCCAUGAGAUCGGGCACUUUAUGUCCUUCCUACAGAAUCAGGACGCCAGUAUCCAUCUGAUGUGCUGGUUGGAUCUGGAGCAGUACAGGAGGACGUCUCAGAAGGACAGAGUUGUCAGACAGGAGAGGUCGUCUCAUAUUGCAACCAAAUACCUCAACAGGAAGUACUUUUUUGGCUCUGACAGCCCCGCCACGACAGAACAACAGAAUGAUAUAUUACGUCUGGCAGGUGGGCUGGAGCGUCUGAAGAUAGAAUGUCUCUCAAACCCAGUCAUUGUGGAGAUCCAAGACGUCGUGAGGAGUCACAUUGAGAAAAAAUGGUUGCCUCUGUUCCUGUCCACAGCAGAGUUCACAGAGCGACAGAAACACCAACCAAAGCCCCAAGCAGCAGACAGGCUCUCACAGCACGUCUACCGUCGACGCAGAACGAGGAGAGAAGCCGGGAAGGCCGAGGGCUUGUGGAUGAGUUCCUCCAAAGAGAUCCUGCUGUUUCGACGGAUCCUACUCAACCCUGUCACUUGUACACAGUUUCAGCACUUUGUUUCUCUGAAGGGAGACUUCCUAGAAAAUGAUGUACUCUUCUGGCUGGAGGUGCAGAGAUAUAAGGACCUGUGUCAUUCCCACAGUGACGAAGCCACCAUCCAGCAGAAGAUCUCCACCAUCAUUAACUGUUUCAUCGACUCAUCCAUGCCCCCCGCCCUGCAGAUAGACAUCCCUCCUGAACAGGCCCAGCACAUUCUGGAGAAACGCCAAGAGCUGGGCCCUUACAUCUUUAGAGAGGCACAGAUGUCUGUGUUCAGUGAAUUGCUGAAGUUUUGGCCUGAGUUUCAAGAGCUGAGCAGCAGCGUCCAAGAGGAGCAACUCCUUCCUCUACUGAAGGAGAAACGAAUAAAACACACAGCCAGAGUGCGGAGACAGAGGAGAAAGGAGGAGGAAAAGGACGAGAGGAGGAGAACUCAGGAAGACGUGGAGAGGCCAGAGUCCAGUUUUAGGGAGGAGGAAGAGACAGAUGAUGAAGAUGAGGUGGAAGAAGAACAAGAGCAAAGAAGUGGAAAAAAGCAGUCGAGGACACAGAGCAGAGUGCUGCUGACUCCUACGCAGCCGUUGUCGUGGUCCUACUCCAAGUACAUGGCAGCUCUGAAGAGAGAGGAGGUGCUGCUGAGGAGACAGAGUCAGCUGGAAGCCUCGUUCUCCACAGCCUCAGACUCCUCCUCUGACUGCACUGUGAGGUCAGCAGGCAGUAAACACAGCCGGCAGCAGCCCGCACGUCGCUCCUCCAGGAUGGAGAGUAAACAGUGCAACAGGGGUGUGAGAGCCUGCAACAUGAAGUGAAACUAUAGUGUAAGAAGUGACUUCAUGCAGCACAAACAGAUGAGGAUGACUGACGGCGUUAUCGGAGCACGAGGACUGAAAACCGAGAGCAGAGCUGCUACUGAUAUCUGGUUGACGAGGUAGAAGUUUGAGGCUGGGUUUACGUAUGAUGUAAGAAUACUUUCUUAAACCCUGUGUAACAAACAACAUAAAUUUUAAUGUUUUUAUUAAAAUGUCUAUUAAUAUAUUAUCCAUUUACAUACAUUAAAGGCAUUAGACUUAGACUUAGAGCUCAGUGGUACAACAAUAUAAAAGGCAACAAAAACAACAUGGUUGGCAUCGACAAGUUACAAAGAACAGUGUUAUUGUCAAACGAGUAUGUUACAUCAUCUAUAAAAACAUUUUGGCUGACAGCUGGUAUCUCUAGCAUCCAUCAACAUGUAUAUAAUAUUGCACUUAACAUUGGCAUGAAACAGUCACUACAUGGAGAAUGUAAACACCAUGAGCUUACUCUGCAGAGUGAAACAUUACAGGCUGUUUUGAUAGAAAUGCAGCAGAUCUGAGUGUUAGCUGUGUAUUUCUAUCUGCAACACUGAGGUUUCACUCUGACUGAAUGAGCCCUGAUUUAAAGUUGAAAGAACACACCGUUGAAGGUUUAAGUUGACAACUAUUUGUUUUAGUGUUCAUUACAGUAUGUACCCAUUGAAAUGUCAGAACUUACACGUGUUUCUAUGAUUAAAACUGUCUCUAAUUCUC